AGUGAACAACUUCUUCUUCGUCCAAUCGCUGUAAGUUCGUUCUCCCUUUCUCAUUUCUAUUACUUUCUCUGUCGCUCGCCAUGCCAACACUCAUCACUCAACAAUUUUUUUUGCUACAUACUGUUCAGAACAAACAACGAUUCGGAACUGUCACUAGUGCCGGAACAAACAAUGGCAACUCCGUCUUCGGAUGAAUCUGUUUCGAGGCGUGCUUCGCUGAGAAAGAAAGUUAAUUUGCGGAAUUAUAAUGAGGGUUUGAUAGAUGAUGAUUUUUUUGAUGAGAAGUUGGAUACUAGUUUGAAGAAGAAGAAGGGUAAGUCCAAAGAAGAUUUGCAGAAAGAAGCUAACACCGAGUCUAUGAUUGCAUUUUCGCUCGGUUUCCCUAUUGAUGCUUUGCUUGAGAAUGAGAUUCGUGCUGGGGUUGUUGGACAGUUGGGUGGGAAAGAGCAAAAUGAUUAUAUUGUUGUUAGGAAUCAUAUAUUGGCUCUUUGGAGGGGGAAUGUUAGGAGGUGGUUGACAAGGGGACGGGUUAGAGAAACUGUGAGUAAUGAGUUUGCACAUUUGAUUAACAAUGCUUAUGAUUUUCUUUUGUAUAAUGGGUACAUAAAUUUUGGGGUUCUGCCGUCGUUUACUUCUCAGUUGCCUGAGGCGACGGAAGGGACUGUGGUUAUUAUUGGUGCUGGCCUUGCUGGGUUGGCUGCCGCGAGGCAGCUAUUGUCGUUUGGUUACAAAGUUGCGGUGUUAGAAGGUAGGAACCGUCCUGGUGGUAGAGUUUAUACGCAAAAGAUUGGCAAAGAGGGUAAUUUUGCGGCCAUGGAUCUUGGUGGGAGUGUUAUUACAGGAAUUCAUGCCAACCCUUUAGCGGUUCUAGCACGCCAGCUUUCCAUUCCUCUGCAUACAGUUAGAGCGAAUUGCCCUUUAUACAAGCCGAAUGGGGAACCGGUUGAUAAGGAAAUUGAUUCAAGUGUUGAAUUUGUUUUCAAUAAGUUGCUUGACAAAGUUAUGGAGCUGAGGAAAAUUAUGGGUGGAUUUUCAAGUGAUACCUCACUUGGUUCAGUCUUCGAGACACUCAAGAGUUUAUACGGUGUGGCUCAAAGUACCGAUGAGAAGCAAUUGCUCGAUUGGCAUCUUGCGAAUUUAGAAUAUGCAAAUGCUGGAUGUCUUUCAAAUAUUUCAGCUGCUCAUUGGGAUCAGGAUGAUCCUUUUGAAAUGGGUGGUGAUCAUUGUUUUCUUGCUGGAGGCAAUUGGAGAUUGAUAAAAGCUAUGUGUGAAGGAGUUCCUAUUUUUUAUGGGAAAACCGUCAACACUAUCAGAUAUGGAGAUGAGGGUGUUGAAAUUAUUGCUGGGGAUCAAGUCUUUCAAGCGGAUUUCGCCUUAUGUACCGUACCUCUUGGAGUUUUGAAAAAGAAGGCCAUUAGUUUUCAACCUGAAUUACCUGCAAGAAAGCUUGAAUCAAUUGAGAGGAUGGGUUUUGGGCUUCUGAACAAAGUUGCUAUGGUUUUUCCACAUGUAUUUUGGGGGGAAGAUCUGGAUGCAUUUGGAUGUCUCAACGAAAAGAGUCACGAUCGUGGGGAAUUCUUUUUAUUUUACGGUUACCACACUGUUUCUGGGGGCUCAGGACUUAUUGCGCUUGUGGCUGGGGAAGCUGCACAAACCUUUGAAACCACGGACCCAACCAUCUUACUUCAUCGGGUUUUGACCACUCUAAAAGGUAUUUUUCAACCUAAAGGCAUCACUGUACCUGAUCCAAUACAGUCAAUCUGUACCAGAUGGGGAAGCGAUCCCCUUUCUUAUGGUUCAUAUUCUCAUGUUAGCGUGCAAUCAUCUGGUAAGGACUAUGAUAUACUUGCUGAAAAUGUGGGAAACCGACUGUUCUUUGCGGGUGAGGCCACUUGUAGGCAAUAUCCAGCCACUAUGCAUGGGGCUUUCAUGAGUGGCUUGCGGGAAGCUUCGCGCAUAUACCACUUAACCCGUGUUCAGCAAGCUUAUCCUAAGAAGGCCCUGUCGAAGAAUAUAGAACAAAGCACCAGCAUCUUGCUUAAUUUAUUCAAGAGGCCUGAUUUGGAAUUUGGGAAUUUCGCUUUCGUAUUUGAUCUUUCAUCGGAAGAUAUGCAGUCGAAGGCGAUUCUGCAGCUGACUUUUGGUGGUACUGAAGAAAAUUAUAAGGAUAUAUUAACCUGCUAUCCAAAUACCACAAAGUUACCAUUGCAGCUUUACACCAUCAUAUCCCGUGAACAGGUGCAUCAAAUGCAGGAAAUUACUGGUGAUGAAAAUAGGUUGUCAUAUUUGACUAAAAACCUUGGGUUGAAGCUAAUGGGUAUAAAUGCUUUACUCAUUACCGGUAACACUGUAAUAGAUAACAUUGCUGGUUUCCGAAAAACCAAGAGGUACCGCACAGUUAUCACGCAACAACCCUAUAACCAAUGAAGAGUCCAAAGAAAAGAUAGUUUGUAUAUAGGUGUGCUUGUUAUCCUGUCUUACUUUGAAAUCUUGUACUAUAUGAGUCUUGUGUAGUUCGGAUACUGGAACAAUAGAAAAUUUUCAUGGGAUGGGGAAAACAUUAUUUUUCAGAGAGGGGUCUCCAAUCCCAAUGUAUCAUCUGUUGAAACUUUUUAUGUUGUUGUAGAGUUAGCUAUACCCCACCAGAUAGAGGAGAUACACGAGUUAAUUUUAUAGGCAA